AGUGAGCUAUCACAACAUCCAUCAUAUCUCAGCUGAAUCAGACCAGAUUUCUGAACUGAAAUACACCUCUGAAUUUGGAAUGAUGGGGCCCCUGAUCACUGCCUUCUUCCUGCUGUUGUUUUCAGGGACCACAGUUCUUGGACAGAAGCCUCAAAGUGCCCCUAAACCAGGAAAACAGUGUGAUUCUCUGGUAUACAAAGAUGUAGUUCGGUCAAAACCCACACCUUUAUUCACAAACAAGGCCUACUUCAAUGGAAGACUCGUCUACCAAUAUGAUAGCAAUAGCCAGAAGGCAGUGCCUGAACCAGGAUGGGAAAAUGUGGAAGACUGGAACCAGGAGAGUCAGCUUCAAAAACAAAGAGGAGAUUUUGCAGCAGAGAACCUGGAAGAAAUCAUGGCCUACUAUAAAGAUGUCAGUGGUUCACAUGUCUUGACUGGAACUUAUGGCUGUGAACUUUGCAAGAAUGGUGCCACCAACGGAUUCUGGCGUUGUGAGUAUGAUGAACGACCAUUCAUUGAGUUUGACAAAGGAAUACCAGCCUGGAUUCCAAAGCAACCGGCAGCUGAAAUGAUCAAAGCGAAAUGGGAGGCAGAUGGUGCUGUAUAUCGGGCCAAGGAAUAUCUGGAAAAGACAUGUAUUGAGCGUCUCAAACAAUACCAGGAUUAUAAGAAGGCUAAUUAGGAUAAACGAGGUUGCCAAGAUUGAGGGGGACUCAGGAAUGGAGCUCCAUCUUAAGCCCAACCAAGAAGAGAAUGAAAAGCUGUGAAGAUCUUCAUUGCCAUCACCAUUACUACUCUACUUAAGAGUGACCUGUCAUUGGAUUUCUAGAAAAGAGAAAUACGUAGACCCAGGUUCUUCCCUGUAAGAGCUUUCAAUGUGUAAUAAACAACAUUAAGCUGAAAAACUAAAAAUUUCAUAAAGAAAAUAAAAGUUACAUACCAUUUA